CCCUGCGAUGGAUGUGUGUGUUGCCCGACACCCUGGCUGAGAAGGUAUGCAAGCCAGGCCAAGAGUCAUGCCCUUGUGUCUUCUGCAUGUCGUUAAGGAAGACAGGAAGGUAUUGUGGAAUUUCUAUUUUCCUUAUUCUUGUGUUGUAGGCCUAUAUUUAUCAUUUAGGAAUUAAAAUGAAUAGUAGUGGGCGAAUCGCAGCCAGUCGAGUAUUUGCGGAUGGAAUUCCGUUUUGGCGAUGGGGACUAUGUGAAGGACAAUAAUAGAGAGAGAGAGAGAGAGAAUCAAGAAUCAGGAUGAAACACAAGUGACACUUAUAAACAGUCCUUAGAAGCCGACAGAGACGAAAUCUCGAAGCGGGCUUGGGAAAGUGUCCGAAUCUUCGCGAGUAUGAGGGUCCCCGCGAAAGUGUCCUCCCCUCCGGAACAGCGUCUCCUGCAGCCCGAAGGUGUGAGCUCGCACCUGGCCGGCCGGUAAACAAACACGGGCGAGGCGAGGGCGGUGCGGUCAGGAAUGCGGUCGCCGCCAAAAACGCCAAACUCUCCCCGCGUUGAUUAUCGCGAGGCUGUCCUUGGCCGGCGCCGCUAUCACCCAAUGUGUUAUUUCCUUACGUGCGGUUAUCGCCACAAACGUCAUUCCUGGGAGCGGUUAUCAGCCGAAAUGCCGCCGUCGCGUGCGGUCAUUGCGACGCCGCUGCUACUGGGGAUGCGGUCCUCGCCACCUCGAGCUGCGGCCACUGCAAAGACCGUCGCCCUAAAGCGGUCGUUUUACCGUCACCGAAAGUUAGUGAAAAUCAAGACAACCUCCGCAGGGCAUGCGCGGGUAUCAGUUACCAUAAGCAAGGAUUGUUCUUACUUGCGUCACCGCUACGUCAGUGUAGUAGGAGCCAUGAUUGGAGGAGCGUGCCAAGGUGCCACGCCCACUACGCUAGCCCAGCCAAUCGGAGCUGCUCUUCGACCCCCUUGGCCUUCAGCUUCUAUUGAAGGGUUAGCACCAUACAAUGGUUUCUGCCCGCUGCUGGCUGUGUCCACGGCGUCCUCGCCCGCCACCACCACCAGCACCAGGAGUCCAGCCCCGCCGCCCAUAUCUCCCACAGGCGCGCCCAUCACCACGCCGUUGCCAGGGGUGGUGCCCACACACGCCGUCCUCGCGCAGCUCCACGCACUAUGUAUCCAGCAGAAAGACGGUGCAUUGGUGGGCGCUUUAGCACCUGUGUUUCCCGGCACCCCAGGAGCACCACCACCGCCCAAGUCAGUUAAUAGUACCCCAACUUCAGUACCAAGUACGAAGUAUGGCGUCGGUGGUGUAAGUGAGGUCAAGAUGCCGGAGACAGAAAACCAAAAGUUGUCGAUAAAGCCACAGACCUCACAUGCCGACGACAAUAGGGUUUCUGUAACCAAAGUGGCCACUUCCCAUACCACUCUAAAGCCGAAUAAAAGGGACCUACUCAUACCCACGUCAAAGGUUAAUGGUAUUGCCAUUUCUGCAGCAGAAUCGGAAAGUGCUGUGAAAGUUAAUCAUAGUGCUAUUUGUGCCAAAGAUGACAGACAUGCAAGAGAUAGAGACUGUAAGGAAGGUGUUCCUCGUAACACAAAGAAUAAAAAGGUAAUUAGUAGUAAAAACAAACAAAGAACUUUAAAUGCUAAAGUUUCUUCACUAGUAAGUGCCAGUGAAGAUUGUGGUGAUGUGAAAGGACUGGAAGGGAUAACAUCUUCCUCCUCAUAUAUGGUGGAAUCUAAAACUCAGAACCGUGUACCUGGAGAAGAGAGAGAGAUAACUGGGUUUAAGCAGAGUUGCGAAUUUCCAGUGACUCAACCUUCAUCUCGGCUACAUAAUUCAGUCACAGCAUCAGUCUCACACGUGCAAAGUGAGCCUCUUUGCCUUGAUACAUCAGUGUUAGAUCGUAACUAUUCUCUGAAGCCUAGACAACAAGAACUACCAUCUUUAGUUGUGGCUCAAGAACCAAGAACCUCCAGAACUGCAGACCUGGCCUCUCAAGUACCCUUGGAAACAAACCACCUCAGUAGAUCAGUUCCACACUUAUCUAGAGAGUCCAGCAGCCUUCAAGCCCACAUCUCAGCACAACACCAAGAUUCUAGCUGUAAUGAGGCACAAGACCUGUCCAAGUCUAGUGAGUCCAGAAAUAAUAGAACACACCUCUCACACCAUGGGGUUGAAACUAGCCAUCUUCAAACUGCAGAGUUGCAGGCACCCAGCAGUUUAGAGGCAACAGCUUUACAAAAUCCAUGUGAAUCUAAUGGUGUAGAAACACCAUUUCAGUUACAGCCUCAAGACUUCAGCAAGGAAGCGGAGAAGGAGCAAGAAAAGGUAGCUGACAAGGGAGAUGCCUGCCACUCAGCUAGCAACAUUAGUGAUACCAUCAAAGACUCUGAAAGGGACUGCACAGGUAAUGGAGAGGCAUGCACUGAUGGCAGUUUGGUUUCAAAUGAAAGACAAAGAAUAUUAAAUAAUGAUGAAAGGAAAAGAAAUCUCUUAGCUCCCCUUGUGGGUGAUCAGUGCUCCCGAACUACUCCAGGUCUUCUCCAAGCGUAUGCAAGAGGUCGUAAAACAAAAUCACAAGCUUCUCCUGAUACUGCACCUCUCAACAUUCUCUCACCAUCACCUGCCUUAUCCCCUGCAAAUACACCACUGUCAGUGGAUGAUGCGUCAACAAGUUCCUGUCCACCAAUCGUGGCAUUAACACAGCUGAUGGUGCCUCGUGUGGCUCCACCUGCUAAUGCUGCGGCAGGAGACUCUGCUCGAACGACACGCAAAGCUGCUCGCCCUGAGGAACGGCCAACUCCCAGUGUUACAGCAGUGAGUGGUAUUCCAGUUGGUAUUGCUGUUGCUCGUCAACGGCAAGAACCUCGGCCUCAAGAGGAUCCUCAGCCAGGAUCAAUCCCACCCCGAGUAGCUGAUCCUGGGAACAGUGCUCUACCCACACACUGGUCGCUGCCCCCAACACCCUGCACACCAGGACUUCCACCAGCACCAUAUUGGUUGCCCCAGAGUCAGUUCUCAGGCAUGGGUGUGGAUGCCAGUGUAGGCGCGGGCAUGGGAUUAGGCUACCAGUUCGCCCGUGACCCACUAAGCGGUCACUACUACCUACUGCCGCACCCGCACGCAAUACCAGAUCAUGGUGGUCAUGGUUUACUGUGGGCAGGAUAUGGGGGUGUACCUGCUGCCCCACCCGUGGUUAUGACUCCCCAGCAGCUUUUACUUCCUGAUACCCACUUUCAUCCUGCACUACAUGCCCACACAACUCUGAUUCAUGUCCCCCAUCCCCAUGCUCCCGUCCAUGCACCAACACCUCCCUCCAUCAAGCGUGAGGACCCCCCAACUCCCGGACCACCAGACGAAGACCCCAAGAGCCGUCCAGUGAGUGUGCCCCCUCCGGGGCAAGGACCUCCUCCACCAGGCAGUGAGCUGACAUUACCACCACCUCUACCUGCAGGUCUGCGUCAUCUUCCUCCUUACCUAUACCCACCCCCAACAUCUCUACCCUACUACUGUCCCCAGUCACCUCAUCCUGCACCUUAUUCCAUUCCACCUUUCCCACAUCCCCCUACUACAACAAUGGACUCGGGCUUUACCACCAGUAGAACCACAUCUCUCACUACAACUCAUGCCAACACCCUUGCGGCUCCAGGCAACAUGACAACAUUCUCAGUUCUGCCAGCUGCACCUGUCUCCAGUGUGGCAAAGGGUAGCAGCCUAGACCAUUAUUCACCACAGGAUUGUGAGUCCAUGGUGGCCACUGGUUCUCCUGUUUCUAGAACAGACUCAAAUGAGCCAAUUAAUGUUACUUCCCAUUCAGAAGAAGAGCCUGACACAGAAUUGCUUCUGCCAAGACCUUUGCCACUACAAGAGCCUUUGCGAAUACCAGUCCCCUUCAAGAUCAAACAAGAAAUCAAGGAAGAAGUUCCCUCUCCUGUUGGGGUUAACAGAGAUGGGGCCUGCACACCUGGAGAUGCAGCUGAUGAAACUCAUGUCCAGUCAGUUAAGAAAGAAGCAUUUCUUGGUUGUGAAGCUACUCAAGCUACAUGUGCUAAAACACCAAAAGUUUAUAUGACACAGGUUCAAAAGGAUUCACUUCCAACCCCAUACACUGAAAAUAUGUCUUCAGAAAUUCAGGAUAAAAAUUCAUCACAAACAAAUGAAACUACAGACACAAUAUACCAAGAACCAAAGAAUUCAAACUAUUUAAAAGUAGGAACAGUUGUUUCUAAGCAUCCAACUCCUAAAUGCUAUGAACCUGCAGUUGUUAGCACUGGUCAGUCAACAGUAACAAAGUUUUCUGAACCACUGACCCUAAACAAUAACGAAAAAACAGAUGAUCACACCAAGUCCCAAAGAUUAGAGUCAUCAGAGCCAUAUCAUCCCAUGUCUGAAGUUAAUCAUAUUCCUUGCAACUCUGAACCAGCUACAGCAACAUACCUAAAGGACAGUUUAGCACCUCUUCCCACUCCUGCUUCUUCAGAGUCUAAUCCAGAAACCCAGUCUUCAGUCCAGCCAAAUCCUCUUGUAGUUUGCCAAGAACAGACUGCAGCAAAUUCAGUCUCAUCUUGUACAGGCUGUCAGGAAAUGCAACCUGCUUCACAUAUGAAUUCAGCCCCAUACUCUGGUACAAAUUCAUCAUAUAUUGAUGUGAGUGGUCUAGAGCUUUUAUCUCAAAGUAUUCUGCAACAUGCAGAUCGACUCUCAGAAUUACCACAGGAGGAACAAAGUGCAGAUGGUCCUCUUGUACAGGAAGAUAACCUGGAAGAUGGCUAUUGCUCAUCACAGGAGAAAGUUCAAGAAGAUGACUGUACUUAUCCAGGGCAAGAUGAAUUGCCUGAGGAGAAGUGUAGUUCACCAUGCAAAGAGACACCACCUUAUGAAUAUGCCUCAGAUGGGGAAUAUGAGAGUAGUAUAGAAAAAGGUGAAGAUUGUUCUGAUGAACAUGAAUCACCUGCAAAUAAAGAUGAAGUAAGUUCAAGAGGUGAAAUGGUUUCAGAAGAAGAUGUGAAUGGGAUUGCAGGAAGUAGGAUGCAUGAGUUGGCAAAAGCUUGCAUAAUGGAUAUUUCUCGUCUCCAGUCACCUGCAACUUCACCGUCACAAUAUGCUGAACCUUCUUCACCUGUAUCUCAGUCUGACCCACUUACAGGCCUUCAUGGCCUCAGCCUUUUGUGUGCCUUAGCUGAGCAACGCAUCCUGGAGGAGAAGAGUGUGGCUUGCACAGCCCUGUCUUCCCUGGCUGAUGUGGCAGCCACAUCCCCAAGUGUUCCCACACGCCCAUUGGAACGCUCACCUUCGCCACGCUCACCUUCACCACAGCCAGGCCCAAGUACUGAGACAAGAUGUUUAAGAUCAAGCACUUUUAGCCAGACGGCAGAUAAACCAGUAUUUGGAUCUUCUACUUUUGGAACUGUUCAAAACUCAUAUAUCACUCCAGUAAAGACCACAGAUGUAAAUAGGAAUUACAAAAGCCCGCAGUCUGAAAGAGAAGCAAAAGCUUUCAUUGCUAACAAAGCUUCACAGUAUCAAAAAGAAUCAACUGUAGGUUUUAAAGUACCAUUUGGAUUUCCUGUUGAUUCAAUGGAUGCAGCUGAGCUUGACAUGCGUAUGCAACUGGCUGAAUUGCAGAGGAAAUAUAGAGAAAAGCAACGUGAACUUUCAAGACUUCAGCCUAAGAAAGUGACAGCAAGCCCUGCAAAGAGAAAACCAGGCAGACCACCCAAAAGAAAGGUUCAUAACAAUGAUGUCCCUGGCAAGAAGAAGGUUGGGAGACCUCCAAAUAAGAAGAAAAAGUCAGUACAAAAGGAACUUUCACCUCCAGUGCUAGAAAGAGUAACAGACCUUCAGAUAAAGAGUACAACCAAAGAUAGUGAUGAAGAGAAAGAGGAGUCACACAGUGCCAGCAGAUCAAUACUUAAACCACCAGUUCUUACAGCAACAUUUUCAAGCCAUGUCACCCACAAUGGUAACCAGUACACACCACCAAAAUCUGUUGAAACACAGGCAUCUACAGAAAAGGAUGAAUCAAGUGAUGAUGAUACAGAUAAAGAGAAAAAUAGAAGAUGGUCUAUUUCAUCAGAAGACACAGCACCUCCACCACUAAGACCACCUUUCAAGCUACCCACAACUACACCUGAAACACGUCUAGAAGAGAGUGAGGAAGAGCAAGCAAAAUAUAGUCUUAGUGACUCUUCAGCCCGAGAAUCGAAAGCCUUGCACACAGAAACUUCUGUUGAAUCAUCGCCUUCUGAUCUUGAGCAGCAGCCAGCAUCAGCUUCAUCAUCAAAGAAGCGGAAGCCAGGCCGGCCUAAGAAACACUCACCAACAAAGGAAGAUGCUACUGAAACCAUUGUUGCUAAAAAACCAAAGUCUCUGAAUCUCCUCCUUCAUCGUCCACUGCUCUCACAUAAGCCAAAAAUGCGUCCAAAGUUGAAAGCUGAAGUUAAGGUACGAGAGGGUGAUCAGGAAGAAGAAGAAGGAGCAAAUCGAGUACACUACUCCAUGACCAGUACUAACGAAACACCAACCAAAGACUUGUCUGAAGAUGAGGAUCACCAAUCGCCAUGUUUGGUUAAGUCUGAAAGCAUUCGAGGGGCUCAGAGAAGAGUAGUGUCUCGAAGUCGAACAUCUAUUACAAGAAGAGCAAUGCUUAGAGACAAAGAGAAGAGGAAGUCAGCAGCAGAAAAGCAGUCAGUGAUGGAGGCACUUUAUAGGUCCCUCAAGAAGCACUCAACAAUGGCUGCAGCAGAGCAUGAUGAAUCGGAGGAAGAGAGAGAUCGUGAUGAGAAGGAAACUGAGAAAGUGGAAGAGGAAGCUUCUGCCAGUGACCAUGAGACUAGUCAAGAAGUAUCAUCAGGAGACACUGUGACCACCUCUACCACAUCUACUACAACCACAACUAUCACCACAACCACUACCACAACAACAAGUACAACUACAACUCCAACUACAACUACUGAUGCUACAAGACCCACCAUGCAAACACCAGAACCAAAUGUUUGUGUAAUUGAAGUGGGCGAUUUAGUAGACAAAGCGAGAGUGUUGGUGCUGCAGGACGGUCUGUUGUAUGCCGGCUAUGUAGUUCCCAUGACACCUCCAGAUGUAUAUGGAGUUGUGAUAGAUGGAGAACGAGGCUCACGUCCACAUAUAUACUGUCGAGAAGAACUGCUUGAGCAGUCUUGGAAGGAAGUGAAGCCUGGUUCAACGAGGUUCCUCAAAGAAGGAACCCGUGUUUGUGCCUUUUGGUCACAGCAGUACCGAGCCCUGUAUCCAGGAAUGGUAGCUGCUUCCUCUUCCCCAGCACAUGAAGCCAAUCAUAAUUUUGUGAAUGUGGAAUUCGAUGAUGGUGACUCGGGGAAGAUUCAUGUUGAUGAUAUUCGUCUUUUGCCUCCAGAAUUCCCCGUUCUGGGUAAGUAUUACGACCCCAACCCUCUGAUGACCCUUCAAAAGAGAAAAAGGAGACCUACAGGUGACAGCCUCCCUGAUAUCAAAGAAGAACCUCCCAAGACAAGACAGAAGAAGGUGAAGGCAACCACUGAAAAUAAUGUUGAAGAUGACACUAUCCAUGAUCCAAACGAUGUUAACAACGAAGUAGAAAAGGAAAAUAAAAAGAGUAGUGUAAAUAUAAAGAAAGUAGAGAAGGAAAAUGAGGAAAAGAGCAUCAAGAAAACAAAUAAGAAGGGAGAUAAGAAAAAGCACAAGAAGCAUAAACACACAGAGUCAUCACAUCACCAUCGUCACAGACACAAGAAUAAGCACAAGCAUAAACAUCGUGAAGGAGACAGACCACUCCCACACAUUGAACCUGGGAUAAACGAACUUACCAUGAGAAUCAAGUCUCCUCCACCACCCUUGGGAGAAACAAGAAAACGCUCAUAUCAGGAGGAGUCUGAGUCAGAAUUGGAUAGUUCAUCAUCAAAGAGUGCCACUGAGGAGGACUCUGAAGAGAAUGAUUCUGAAUAUACUCCCUCAAAGAAGGAAAAGGUUAAGACUCCUGCAAAGCGCAAGAAGAGACAUCCCUCUGGCAAAUCGAAGAUUGCACCUUUUCUUCCCGAAAGACAGUUGUGGAGAUGGUCUGGCAAAGGAUUCAAAAGACCUGGUGCAAAGGGCAAAGGCAAAAAGGAAUUCUUUAAGGCUAUAGUUAGAGGAAAAGAAAUGAUACGUGUUGGAGAUUCUGCUGUGUUCUUGUCUGCUGGCCAACCCGACCGUCCAUACAUUGGAAGAAUCGAACUUAUGUGGGAAUCAUGGGGAGGAAAUAUGGUGGUUAAAGUCAAGUGGUUCUAUCACCCUCAGGAGACCAAGGGACUUGGACGGAGGCUAACUGAACCAAAGGGGGCUUUGUUCCAGUCUCCUCACACAGAUGAAAAUGAUGUUCAGACCAUUAGUCACAAGUGUGACGUCAUUGCACUGUCUGAUUAUCGAAUCAAGCGACGAGAGCAAGAAAAGCGGUAUGGACCAAACUGUGAAAAUUAUGAUAUCUAUUACCUAGCUGGCUCGUAUGACCCAACCACAGGACACAUUACCAUGGAGCCUGGUGUGUCAUGAAGAUCCUGGCACAUCAGUUUAAGAUUAUUGUGAUAAAAGUGAUAGCCUGUGAAGUGAGUAAAGUCAGUUUAAAGAAUAUCAUGAUUCCCUUCGUCUCAGAAAAGUGACUAUUACAGUGUGUGGUGCGACUAAAGGUUACAUUCCUCAGUCAUGUUGGUUAAUAAGAUAAAACUUGUGGGAAGUAAAUGAUCAAGAUGAAGGACAAUUGCAAAAAGGUUGUCCUUGAGAAUGAAACGAAGAGCUUAAGGAAUAGAAUUUUUAAAGAGUUUAUUUUUCUCAAGUCUGAAGUGGGCAGUUCCAGUUGCAUAUAUGAUAGAUGUUUCAACAAGAAAAUGGAUACAGUUAUAGAAUUGUGAAGUAGUUUGCAUGAUAAUGGAAAUCUUUGGUAAUAGAUUAGUACAUGUCUUUCUCAAGACAUUUAUAAACAGUAACAAUGUUCUAAUGUGAAUUUUAAAAAAUGUCAUAUAUUUAUAAAGCAUUUAAAAUAUCAUACUUCUGGAAACUGUAAAAGUAUGGUAGAAGAAAUGGUUUAACCCUUAUGCUUAACAUAUGUGUUUACAAGUGUGAUCAAAGUGAUAUAUUUGAUUUUAGAAAAAAAAGCAAUUUAGGCCCUCUGGAGUCAAGUAGAGCAGUCAGUAUUGUAGAUUCAUCUUCAGGGGAUUUUUAUUCUUGGUAAUUUUGACUUUAGGCUAUUAGAUGGUGGAUUGCUUAUGGACAAUCACUUGAAUCUGCAAAAUCACUAUGAGAAAUCUAUGGUUUUUGUUAAUAUACUUUUUGGAGUGUGAAAGAUCAGAGGUGUCCUUCCAACUACCCAAAUUUUGCCUUUAUCUCACAACACCUUUUAGAUUUUAAGGAUUUUUAUCAUAUACAUGAGUACCUGCAAUAUUUUAUAUAGAUACUUUAUUGUGUGGAUCAUAAUAUCUAAACAAAUAGAUAUCUA